UGUUUUGUUUUGUUAUAGAACAGUAAAAACUGAUCACACCUCUCACCAAAAUGGGUCAAGGUUCGAGCAGUGGAGGAGCUCCAGUGACGUCAGCAUUGGGAAAGGACACGGGUCCGGGCUCAGUGAUCACCAAGCUCCUGGCAAGUUGUAACGAUUCCCAGCUGCUGCAGUUGACGGAUAUCUACCGGGUCAGGCUGGAGCAGGCGAUGGAAGGAGGGGUGUCCGGAGUGAGCCUGGCGUUAAUGGCCAAGAAUCAGUUCAGUGUACAGGAACAUCGGAAAAUCACUGAUCUCGCUGAUAAGGGAGAGCGGGCGGACAGUUCUAAACUCCUCCUGAGCCUGGUGAUGGAGAAAGGCUCCCGCGCCCAGAGGGUGAUGUGGGAAACCUUUGUGAAAAUGCGGAUUGGUGUCCCAGAGUUGGACAAAAUACUGAAGGAAAUACAGGAAUAUGGUUGUGAUCCUUCCCAUCGACCAAUUCCCGCUCAACUUUUACUAAAGGUUCUCAGUGAGCUGAAAGAUCUGAGAGUGAUCACCGAGCUCCUGGCAAGCUGGGACGAUUCCCAGCUGCUGCGGUUGAUGGACUUCUACCGGGACAGGCUGGAGCAGGCGAUGGAAGGAGGGGUGCAUGGAGUGAGCCUGGCGUUAACGGCCGAGAAUCAGUUCAGCGGAGAGGAACAUCGGAAAAUCUCUGAUCUCGCUGAUAAGGGAGAGCGGGCGGACAGUUCUAAACUCCUCCUGAGCCUGGUGAUGGAGAAAGGCUCCCGCGCCCGGAGGGUGAUGUGGGAAACCUUUGUGAAAAUGCGGAUUGGUGUCCCAAAGUUGGACAAAAUACUGAAGGAAAUACAGAUAUAUGGUUGUGAUCCUUCCCAUCGACCAAUUUCCGCUCAACUUUUACUAAAGUUUCUCAGUGAGCUGAAAGAUGUUCAACAGAAACACAAGGAGACUCUGCGGGCACAAACUGAAACACUGAGAGUGAACACGAUCCUGAUGAGGGAGAAGGUGAAGGUUUUCCAGCUGGUUGAUCAAUACGCUGAGCUCACGGUCAUUUCUACUGUUCGAGAUCGGAGACUGGUGGAGCAUGAGCUGCUGGCAAGAGGCAGAGACCACGAGGAGUGGAGAGAAAAACAUCUCUGCGGAGAGCUGGAGAAACUCCAGAUGGAUCAGUUGUUCCAGAGCAGCUUUUCCCAAACUAACUCCAAAUCUGGGAGUUCAGCAGCAGUGGCCGGAGUCCCAGGGAUUGGGAAAACAACAAUGGUACAAAAGAUUGUUUACGACUGGGCCACGGGGAAAAUAUACCAACAGUUCCAGUUUGUCUUCAGUUUCAAAUUCCGUGAUUUAAACACCAUUAACUGUAGAAUAAACCUGAAGGAACUGAUUCUGGAUCAGUAUCCUUACUUUGGGAAUAUCCUGAGAGAGGUCUGGAAGAACCCAGAGGGAUCGCUGUUUAUAUUUGAUGGUUUGGAUGAAUUCAAUGACCAAAUUAAUUUUUCUGACAGUCGGAGAGACACGGAAACUCGGUGCACAUGCACAGAUCCUGAAUUCAAGUGCAAGGUGUCUGACAUUGUGUACAGUUUAAUCCAGCACAAGCUGCUCCCAGGGUGUUCAGUGCUGGUGACCACCCGUCCCACUGCGUUACAUUUAUUGGAAAAGGCUGAGAUCGGUACCGAAGCUGAAAUCCUGGGAUUUUCAGGUGAGGAGCGGAAGGAAUAUUUCCUCAGACAUUUUGAAGAUCAGACGGUGGCGGCAGCUGUUUUCAAACACGUGAAGGAGAAUGAGAUCCUGUACACCAUGAGCUACAACCCCUCCUACUGCUGGAUCCUCGCUCUGGCACUGGGCCCCUUCUUCACACAAAGAGUCAGGGACCCGCAGCGAGUUCCCAAGACCAUCACCCAACUGUACUCCUACUAUAUUUACAACGUCCUGAAAAACCACGGCCGUGAGAUUGAGAACCCCCGUGAUGUGUUACUCAGGGUUGGUCAGUUGGCCUUCAGAGGAGUGUCCGAGAGGAAGAUUGUGUUUACGGAUGGAGAUUUGAUCAAGUACGAUCUGCAGCCUUCCCAGUUCCUGUCCGGGUUCCUGAUGGAGCUUUUGGAGAGAGAGGAUUCUGCCCGGAGCGUGGUGUACUCAUUCCCGCACCUCACCAUCCAAGAGUUUGUAGCUGCAGUCGCACAAUUCCUGAAUCCACAUUCCGGGGAUAUCCUGAAAUUCCUUUCAGAAGUCCACAGCACGACAGAUGGGCGAUUUGAGGUAUUUCUCCGUUUUGUUGCUGGUCUCUCCAACCCAGUGACAGCUCGGGGCCUGGAGGAGUUUCUGGGUCCAUUUCCCAAUGAAACAACCUGCCGGGUGAUUGACUGGGUGAAGGAGGAGUUUAAACGCCAGAGUGGAAACACAUGGAGUGAAGCUGGUAAAAGGAGCUUCCUGAACACAUUGCACUACCUGUUUGAGUCUCAGAAUCGUGGACUGGCUCAGGCCGCACUGGGAUCUGUGGAAACACUUUCAUUCAGUGGAAUGACUGUGACCCCGAUUGACUGCGCGGUCCUGUCUCAUGUCAUCGGACUCUGCGACACAGUAAAAAACCUCGACCUGGAGAACUGCCACAUUCAGUGUGAAGGAAUCCAGCGGCUGGGACCCGGGCUGCACAAGUGCCAGGAGUUGAGACUUGGGCAGAAUGACCUGGGAGAUUCAGGAGUGAAACUGGUGUCUGCGGCUCUGAGGAACCCGGAGUGUAAAAUACAGAAACUGUGGUAAGUACCAGACUGUGGGAGAUUGUGUUUACAGUCACUGGGAGUCUGACACUGAACAUUAAUGUGAUCAGCAGAAACAUAGAAAACAUACAGGACAAUACAGGCCCUUCGGCCCACAAAGCUGUGCUGAACAUGUUUCUACCUUAGAAUUACCUCGAUUUU